ACUCCGGCCAUGAUGGCCUUCCCGUCAAUGUAUGCCCAGCAAGCCCAGGGUACACUCAUGCCUGGACAGAUGAUUGCUGUUAACAAGUACAAUGUCCAGGUCGAGAGAUACCUGAGCCAAGGUGGUUUUGCACAUGUAUAUCUCGUUCUGACUGCGGAGCCUGUGCUUGGAACAUCCCAUCAUGUUUUGAAACGCAUUGCGGUUACCAACGAAGCAAUGUUGAACGACGUCAAAAAGGAGGUCGACAUUAUGAGGAUUUUGAAAGGACAUCCAAACAUCGUGCAUCUUAUCGACGCUGCGUGGCACAGGAUGCCAAAUGGAAUGUUCGAAGUCUUCAUCUUGAUGGAAUUUUGCUCUGGUGGUGGUAUAAUCGACAUGAUGAAUAGGCGACUACGCGAACGUCUCACCGAAGCUGAAAUUCUCCAAAUAUUUGUAGACGUGUGCGAAGGCGUUGCCGCCAUGCAUAACCUCCGUCCGGCCCUGUUGCAUCGUGAUCUCAAGGUUGAAAAUAUCUUGCAAGCAUCUCCUACUUCAUUUAAACUCUGUGACUUUGGUUCCGCAACUCCAGUGGCACCUCGUCCGCCCUCCACAACACAAGAGAUACGGGCCCUGGAGGCCGAUCUCAACAAGCACACAACAUUGCAAUAUCGGGCUCCGGAAAUGGUUGACGUCUUUCUCCGGCGGCCCGUGGACGAGAAGUCCGACGUUUGGGCGCUUGGAGUUUUGCUGUAUAAGCUAUGUUACUACACAACACCAUUCGAAGAGCAUGGUGUACUUGCGAUCUUAAAUGUCCAGUACAAAUUCCCUCCAUACCCAGUCUAUUCGCAUCAGAUGAAUGCUCUGAUAGCGUCCAUGCUUCGGGAACAUAAUGCACAUCGGCCAUCGGUCUUUGAGGUCUUGGAAACUGUACAUAAAAUGCGUGGAACAAAGUCUCGCUUUACAUACAAUAUUCCUAAUGAGCCACUUUCUCCUCGAGCCACCCUCUCUCCAGCGGCAACUCGGAAGACAAUUUCCUCAUCCUCGAAGACACCCGAACUGGUGACUUCCCCGCCUAUGAACGGCAUACAGGCGCGUGAGAAGGUUCUCGAGGCCAUAGCCCCUAUGCGUCGAGGAAGGCCGUCCAGUCCGACGAAGGGACGGAAAGUAUCUGAGGAUGCAUUUAAUCUACUCGACUCCGUUGAAGGAGGACCUUGGAGCUCGAGACCGGCGAAAGCACAUAAGUCUGGCUUAGCUUCUGUUUCAACGGCGAAAAGCCCACCCCCGGUGAGCUCUGCGGGUGGUCUAGGUGACGCAUGGUUGAUACCCGGAGCGAAGAAUGAUGGACGCCAGCGUACAGGCACGGUAAAUGGAUUUGCAGACGCGUUUGAUGCUCGAGUGGCGCCAUCGUCACCCUUGCCUGCACCUACUGCUGCACCUCGACCGAUUCCUGCUCAAGGAAAUUCUUCGUUGAGGCCUCCUGGGGGCGAUGCAUUCGAGAGCUUGAAUCUCUUCCCUUCACCAAAGUCUCAGUCGUUGACGCUCGGUGAAGCUCAGAAGGCUGCUUCCAAUAGACCGUCCCCGUCGCUCCAACCCACGAAUCGCAAAUUCUCUAUUUCUCCGUCACCUUCCGCCCAGUCACCUUCGCCGGCAUCUGUUGAGGGUCUCAUACUGAGGAGAGAUCCUAGCCCGUUACUGAAGCCUAAACUAUCUGACCAGGCGCUCGCCGCGGAACAACGAUUCCCAUCCCUAGAAGAGCUGGACGCCGGGACAUUUAGUGGUAAGGUGUCUGCAGGCUCAAUAUCUGCGCCGGCCACUGCACCUGCGCCAUCACCAGCUCCGCCACAGUUACCUCCGCGACCCAAUGCUUCACGACAGGGCUCGUCUGCUUCGUUCUACCCGGCCAGUGUUGCAGGCGCGUUGCAAUCGCCAGCAGAGCCAAAACUCAUUUCUCCCAUCAGUAUGCGAAACGGGGGCGUUCGCUCACAGCAGGUUACCGGAACAGCGAUGCGAGACGUGCGAAGGGGCCAGAUUCCGCCCGUUACGACAUCCACUUCUGCUUCUCCUGCGAAUCAGUCCAGGCAGGAACAUACCAGUGUUCGGCAGUCAAAGGUGGAUAAUGAAGCACGCGAGAGGUUACGUUCACCGAGCAGACCUAUGUUAGUAAGGAAACAUCGCAGCUCAAUCUCUAUCAAGCAAACGCAGCGUACUGGACCCGAUAUGUCGCCAACUAAGCCUGUGUCUGGACUUCCAAUUUCAUCUGACCCACCUAAAGACUGGUUGACUGGACCAAGUGAAGCGGAAGAUGGGUCGAAGUUCGAUAACGCCGCCGUACUUCGCGCGUCUCCGGAGAAACGUGCAUCGGUAUUAGAAAGUCCAGGUCCACCAGACGUUGGGCGUGCAGCAUCCCUCCGAGAAGCUGUACCGUCGCCGGUCAAACGCAAACCAGUUCCGAUUGACCGGCCAAAGCCAACUGACUUGAAACAAAGUACCUCAGAUGCGAACAAGGAGAAUGUGAAUGGUCCGUCAGGUAGACUUACGGAGAACUGGAGUCCUGUUAGUCCAAAGAGCUCGUCUGAGGACGAGGCGGAUGAAGGUCCUGAAGAAGCUGUCAGCACGGUGCGGCCAAGUACAGGACCAGUGAAGGUUCCAGCACAGACCCGCAUCGGUCACAAGAGUCGCCAAGGAUCAGUACAUGACCUCGUAGACCUCUGGGGCGGGAGUGCGUCCCCAAAGACCUCUCCGUCUAAACAGGAUAAACGGAGUUCCACGCUCGUAGCCCCACCAGCAACCAGUUCGGUAUUUAAUCGCACAAGAUCCACGUCUCCAAGUCCUUCAGCAAUGCUGAAUUCGAGUGCAACGACCACUGAGAAGGCUUCACCGUCAAAAUCUGCAGCUCCAUUAUCACGAAAGCCAUCCGUAGCUUCUCGGAACACUCCUGCCGGUCAUGUCAGGCAACCUUCGUCUCCUUCAAAGGCGAACCAGGCUUCUACGACGUCCUCGUCACGGUCUCGACCGCAGUCUAUGUUACUCUUACCCGUCCAGAAGUCUGUGUCAGAGAUGACUCCGCCAUCGCCCGCAAAGGCAUCACUUUCUCCGCCUCCGAACAAGGGCCUCGUUAGGCAUCGACGUAGUUCAAUAUCUGAUCUGGUUUCGCGUUAUGAAGCGAUAGACGAGCAGAGCAAGGUGGGAAAGCCACCACCAGCAACAAAGCCCGCACGCCUACGGGUAGUAAGUCCUACAUCAGUGCCCGCUCCAGAGUCCUUGGUCUCUCCGUCCGCGGCAAGCGUACGCUUUCCUCAUAUUUCUCCGUCGAACUCGCCUAAGGAACCGCCUAAGUCUAUUUACUCGUCGACGCUGGAACCUCCGACGCGCAGCACUUCGGGUCACGAGGAGUCGCGGAGACGUGAACCUAGCCCGCGCGCGAGCUCUCGACCAGCUUCGCCUCUGCGCUACAAUGCGCCAUCACCAGCGAAAGAUAAUGUGGCACCUGCAACGUCAACUAUCUCGGCAUCCCCGCGUUUUGAGCGGAAGGCAUUGAACCCUCCUUCUCCUGUUUUAGCAGCGAAGGAAUCGACUACAUCCACCUCCAUCAAUGUAAAGCGAGAUGAAGGCCGUCGGUCACCCUCACCUGAGAGGCCAUACCAAGGUGUCAGCAAACUCAUUAACCAAUGGCAGAAGAAAUCCGAGGAGGUGGAGGGCCCGAAGCGUGGUCCGGGCGGUGGUUCUAGCUUUAGAGGGACUGGAUCGCGUUUUAGGCGAGAAGGUAUCGCCGCCAGUGGCAAGCUUUCGUAGCGGUUUGCGUAUAUUCAUACACGGACAACAAGACGAUGCAUUCAGACCGGAUAGAUAUAAAAAAACGAAUUUCCGAUACCCUUGCUCUCGCUUACAGCAGAUUGGAUAAUUUUCCGUUCGUGUCAAUCUCAAUUUCCAAUUUGUAUUAUACUUGUACUUGUAGGAUUUGCACCUUUGAGAAGAGUUAGCAGAUAAUAGUAAUAAAGCCAUUCAUAACAUCGCAUGUACAAUGU